AUGCCUAAAGUUUCGCUCCCAGUUACUUUGCAAGUUAAUACUUCUGUAAAUAAGGCAGAAAGUCAACAACAACAGGGAGAACAACAGACAUCGGGUCAAGAAGGUGAAAAAACUAUUAGAAAUGAUUAUUGUCAAUAUUUUGUUGAUUCUGGACGUCGCCCUCAAAAUUUCAUUCGUGAUACUGAACUAUCUCAACGUUUCGAUGAAUAUCCUAAACUCAAAGAAUUGACAAAAAUGAAGGACACUUUGGUGGCAAAUAUGGCAACACCAGCAACUUAUUUAAAAGCUGAUCUUCGAACAUUUGAUCUUAAAUCUCUUGGAGUUAAAUUCGAUGGACUUGACCGUGGUCGACAGUUACUCCUCAAAUGGGGAUAUCGCAGAUGUGAGGAUAUUGUAUGGAUUAAAACUAAUAAGAAAUGGGAGGGAAGUCGUUUCAUUGAACCUAGAUCUGUUUUCCAACACACGAAAGAACACUGUAUAAUGGGCAUUAGGGGUACAGUUCGACGCAGCACAGAUGGACAUUUUAUUCAUUGCAACGUGGAUACAGAUGUUAUUAUAUCCGAAGAACCAUCUUUCGGGAUAGGCACUGCUAAACCCGAAGAAUUAUAUCACAUUAUAGAACAUUUUUGUCUAGGGCGCAGAAGACUUGAAUUGUUUGGAAAGGACCAUAAUAUUCGACCAGGUUGGUUAACUAUCGGAACUGGUUUAUCAAGUUCGAAUUUCGAUGCAACUACGUAUGCAUCGUAUUUCAAUGAGCCUAGUGGGCAUUUACUUGUUUCAACAACGGAAAUUGAAAAUUUACGACCAAAGUCACCACCAAUACGAGACAAUUCAGCAUCAAAACUAGGUGGACCACCGGGUGCCAUUAUGAAGUCCAAAACUAAAAAACAAAAUAACAAUGUAAUGGCACCUCAACUACAGCCACAAAUCCCGACAUUUACUCAUCGUUGGAUGCCACCAACAAUGGAUCUUAAUGUAUAUGGAAAAUGA